AUGGCCACGCUGGUCAGUAUAGCGCUCGUGCUACGCCCAUCAAUCGCCGAGGCCACCCCCACCCCAGUCUUCUUCUCUGACAUCCAGACCCCGAGCGUGGACACCAACGACAGGAUGUUUGCGUUUCUUUACGCUCGUGGACUCAAGACUAUUACCUUCGUUCAACGGACCAUCGUCCCUGAAAUCUCUGAGGACGGACGGAAAGUCAAGAGGGGUUUCUAUCCUUUAGGUUGGUGA